AAAAUGAAUUCAUUAAUUAAAAUAAUGCAAGGAGCGUUAAACGCUUUAAACAUAAUGCACAAUAACCGAUGGAUCGAAAGUAAACAAGAUGCUUUAUUCAGUUGUAUGUUUUCUACUGUACAAAAAAAUCAUGAAAAUAUAAAAGAAUAUCCUUUUAUAACAAUAACAUUGGAAUCUUCAAUGUCUACUUUUAUUAGGAAUCAAUUUUUAAUUGAUAGUGGAAGUAAACAUUGUAAAUAUACUUUUUAUAAUGAGGAUGAUUUGUGGCAAGAAUGGAAUAAAGAAUAUGAAACUAUGACGAGCAAAGGAUGUAAACUUCCUUUCUUUGAUUAUUUAAGUCAAAAAUUGCAUGAUAAAAUUAGGGACAUAAUGGUUAACAAAUUUAUUAAACUCGGUUUCCUAUAUGAUAUGUCUACCCAAAAUAUUGCUGUACCAUUACAAAUAGAAUCAACAAAUUCAGAAUUACAUCCUAUACCAAAUUAUACAAUAACCGAUGAGAUGUAUGCACUUAUGCAAACUGAAUCUAUUGAAGACGCAAUAAUAAAAGUUCCGUCAGAAAAUCGUACAACGCCAGUAUUCAUCGACCUUCUUAACCAAGAGAGCAAAGAUGAAAACUUAGAAGUUCUGUCAGAAAAUCUUACAACGCCAGUAUUCAUCGACUUUCUUAAACAAGGAUUGAAUCCUAAUGUCUCAUCAGAAGAAAUUUCAGAACCAAAGGAGAUUGAUAAACAAAAAAUAACGAUGUAUAAUUUUAUAUAAGUAAACAUAACUUAUAUAUUUAAAAUAAAAUUUAAUAAGAAAUUUCCUAUUUUUGUUUGA